GAAGGACACCCAGUAAUUUAUGCAUCCCGAUCACUCACCAAUGCUGAGCAGCACUAUGCUCAGAUAGAGAAAGAGCUGCUCGCAAUCGUUUUCGCAUGUGAACGUUUCAACCAAUUCAUUUAUGGGACACAAGUCACAGUACACAGCGACCACAAACCGUUGGAAGCCAUCAUAGCUAAACCAUUAUCACAAGCACCACCGCGAAUUCAGCGUCUUCUCAUCCGACUACAGAAGUAUCACCCAACAGUGAAAUAUGUUCCCGGGAAAUUCCUGUUUAUCGCCGACACUUUGUCAAGAGCGUACUUACCAGAAGAAGGAGAACAACAGGAACUUAAUGAGGACAUUGAAGUAAUGGUGCACAGCAUGGUUACAGCAAUACCAGCAUCUCCUGAGAAAAUGGCAGAGCUUAAGGAAGAAACAGCGAAUGAUGAAACGCUACAACAACUUAAACAGCAGAUGGUUCAAGGUUGGCCUGAUCGUAAGCAUGAAAUCCCGCAAAACUUAGCUACCUACUGGAACAUUCGCCACGAGCUGAGUGAAGCAGAAGGUCUGAUCUUCAAAGACCACCAGUUAGUCAUACCUACAGCAAUGAGGAGCAAUAUGCUCAACCUGAUACAUGAAAGUCAUCUCGGGAUAGAGAAAUGCAAAGCACGCGCAAGAGCAAUCCUUUUUUGGCCUGGAAUGUCAAAGGAUAUCUACGAGAAAGUAUCAAAAUGUGCUACUUGCGCCACAUAUAGAAGAAGAAACCAGAAGGAACCGAUGAUAGCACAUCCAAUACCUGAACGACCAUGGCAAAAGCUAGGAACUGAUCUGUGUGAAUGUAAGGGCAAGAAUUACCUCGUUGUAGUAGAUUACUAUUCGAAGUUCAUCGAAACAGCCCUUCUUCCAAACAAGACAGCAGGAACAGUAAUUAGACAUUUGAAAUCAAUUUUUGCAAGACACGGAAUCCCAGAAGAGUUGGUAUCCGACAACAUGCCCUUCAAUAACAAAGAGUUUGACGAAUUCGCCAAAGAAUGGAGAUUCAAACAAACAACAUCAAGCCCAACCUAUGCUCAAUCAAAUGGCAUGAGUGAAAAAGCUGUACAAACCGUAAAACGGAUCCUGAAGAAGGCUGACGAUCCAUACGUUGGUCUGAUGGAGUACCGUAACACGCCUGUUACUGGAAUGACAUACUCCCCAUCACAACUGCUGAUGAGUCGCACCACAAGAACGAAGAUUCCGAUAUCCAAAGAGUUACUACUACCAGCAGUGCCAAUCAAUGCACAGCAGCAGCUUGAACAACGACAGAACCAGCAGAAGCAGAACUACGACAAAUCAACCAAACCAUUACCACCACUUGAAAUUGGAGAAAACAUCCACCUACGCCAGGACAGUAUCUGGGCACCAGCCACCGUAUCUGGACUGGCCCCUGCCCCAAGAUCGUAUAUCGUCACAACAUCAGAUGGACAACAAUACAGACGGAACCGUCGUGACCUUUUAAAGACCAACAUUCCGCCUUCAACCAUAAUAGAGCAAACUGAGGAUGUUGGUGAAGAACAACCGACCAUUAUUCCACAACCACCAGAUUUAGACCUCCAGAACCCACCUAAUCAGGGACGACCAAUGAGAACCACAGCGCUACCAAUAAAAUACAGAGACUAUGUCAUGAAAUGA